AGAGGAUUCCUGCCAGCGUCCCUGCUUGAAACUGCAGACAUCAAGACUUCCAAAGGCAAAAAGGACAAUACUCCUAGUGGCAUCCCCCUCCCACCAGAACUGAAGCCUCCCACCCGUCCACAGACCCGCCACGGCCUGGCUGCCCCUCCCCGUCGAGAUCCUCCACCCUACAGCCCAGCCGCCCAUGCACCCCCGUCAGCCUCGGAGCCUCCCAUGUGCACAGCCAAUCAGCAGCAGGCUGGCUUACCUGAGGAAGUGCAGGCAGGAUCGGUGGUGGUGAAGGUCCACUACACCUUCAGCAUAGCUCUGUCCGUCCCCUUGGACACUCCUUAUCAUCAAAUGAAAGAACUAAUUGCACAGAAAUUGGGCCAACCAGGAUCUCUGCUGCGUUUCAGAUGUAAACAGCAUGGGGCUCGAGUGCUGACACCUCUGAAUGAGGAAGCAGAAGCCAGUUUCACUGUGCAGGAAGUGGCCGAGGCUGGCAGACUCACCCUUUGGUGUCAGAAAGAAGACCCCCUGGCAAACCGUACCAUCCUUUACCAAAUGGUGGCGAUAUAUAACUAUGGAGGUCAGGGCCCAGAGGAUCUGGAGUUCAGUGAAGGCGACACCAUUGAUGUCCUGGGGCAAGUUAAUGAUGAAUGGCUGGAGGGACACUGUGCAGGAAACAUCGGCAUCUUCCCCAGCUGCUUUGCCUACAGAGAGAACCAAGGCACCAUCCAGGACCCAGUGUAUUAAAAGCAGCAGCUGUCUCUAAUUAGCCUGAUCUACGUUUGUGUUUUAGAUUGUGGAGGGUUGAGCGGUUUUAAAAAAAGAGUUGGAGAGAGGUCUAAUAUUUGACAGCGUGG